UAUAUUGGUCUUUCAUCGGAAAGGCAAUCGUCACCAGCUGAGAGGCGAAAAGAGUGUACAAUGUGCACGCAUUCUUGAAGUUUUUGUGACAGUUCUUUUCAACUCUAGGAAACAAAUUAUUAUCGCAAAAGUUUUCUCAGGGUCAGUUUAACUCACUCCUUACCUAACUUGUGGUCAACCGCGGCAAGAUGAAAAAAGUAUCCGUGGCUAGUGUACCGCCGAUUUUUGAGCCUUUAGCGAGGGAGGAUAUAAACCAAGAAGGAAAUGUGUAUUGUCAAGGACUCACAGCUAAACUUCACUCACGGUUUGGAAGCUCAGAGAGUGAUAAACAGGUACUAAGAAGUUCCACAACCAUCUUAUAGAAUUCAUCAACCCCUGACAACAACUCAAGUGAAAUAUCACGUUUGAUACGCUUGAAUUCGGAGCAAACUAGUGUUUUGGUGUAAAGAAAUCAUGGCCAAACUGUCUAAUAGGAUUUUCGAUCAUCUACAAACUGAGGAAAACUAGAUUCACCCGCAUACCCUAACACAGCAACACUAAGGUGAUGCUAGUAGGUUUCACAUGAAUAGUCAAACCUGAUUAUAAGAAGUUUCUUUAAUAAUUAACAUUAGAUCUUCAGGGUCACUGAAGUCAGAAGAUUUAAACGUUCUGUAAUGACACAGUGUAGCUCCCUGCCGUUUGUUGGUGACUGACCGAAUUUCCAGCAUCUUUUUCCUCUAAGUUUGUGCUCUGGAUGAUAUUUCAAGAUACAUAAAUUCUGAGAACUUAGAAACCAGUACAUUUAUUCGUUUGCUUAUACACAAACUCUAGGAGUACUCUAUGUUCAAAACUCUAACAAGAAGUAGAGACCAUGCAAAACCCCGAGACGGGCGGUUCACUGGACAACUAAUUUCUUCACGACUACGUUUUUUCAGGGGCAACCAACGAGAAUAUAGUUCAAAACCACCUAAACAUAGCAUUGUUAAACGUAUUUUAGUAUUUAAACGGUAGAUAUAGGCGUAUUUAUGCCCUAAAAAUUUUUUAUCUGUUCGGAUUUCCUCGCUGAAAGUCUAGUGAUCUGAAAAUUACAGCGAUCAAAACCUAUCUUUUCGAAAAUUUCAGCCAGAAAAAAGGCUCCCGAAAAUUCUAGGUGACCCGUUAAAAACGGGCAAUUAUACCAUUUUUCAGAUGUUCGAAAAUCCUGGAGAGGCAGGCAAGCAAGAAAUUUUACAACAAAUGUUCCGAAAAUUCUAGAUCUCAAAUCGUCUUCCGAACAGAUAUUUUCCGAAAAUUGACGGUGGGUGCCCCUAGUUUUUAGAUAAGAGUCUCUUUGUUUGUUUUCUUUUACUCAAUAUAACCUAUUAAACUACUGCGAUACGAAUUUUUAACCUUCGUGUUUGUUUUCAGCGCAAAUUCCGAAUCGAUAUAUUAGCAUUAGCACCUUGUAGGCUCUUAAUAGACUCAUCUAAUUAGUCUUAACAAAAGAAAUAAAUGAAAUAUAUUUUGAUUGUUCCUGCAACCGGAUAAAAUUGCAUAAUACAGCUUAUAGCUUUUAACUUUAAGAAUUCGAAAUUUCCACCUUGAAGUUUCUUCGUUACUAAUUUUUGCUUUCAUCUAAAAAACAAAAUCUGAGAAGCGAAAAGAUUGAAACGCCAAUAAUUAAAUAUUCAUGGAAAGUAAACAAAAGUAUUAGAACAAAGAAUUGAAACAAGGAAUUAGGGAGUUUCAUUAGAUUCAUCCACUCUUAAAUUUGACUUGUGGAGACUACUUACUGAGAUAAUUUGUGUGGAUUUUAAUCAUCAAUGGUACAAAAAAUAUCAUCCAGUUUGGUGUGCUGGCAUAGAGAAGAGCUAUUAUUAAAAUUUCUUUCAAGGGAAAAAAUGUCAAAAAAGUCCGAUUUUUAAAUCUUAGAAGCAAUUCAUUGAUUGAGGUUCUUGUUACAACAAUCACAAACAACUACGGUAAAACGACGUGAUUGCCUGGUCAAUGCAGUGUUUUAAAUAAGAAUGAAUCACCUAAGGUGAUUCAUACACGAGACGAUUCGCAACGACGAUUUUAACCCAUUCGCCCCUGAACCGCCCGUAACCACCCGUGCGGAUCCAGGUCCUUUCUACCCUUUGUGACUUUGUGACGUCAUCAGUUCUAACGGUCAAGGACAACUUUCUUUUCGCUAACUUGUGCAGAGUGAAGAGAUAUUUCAAACCAUACCAGAAUGAGCACAAUUCAGUCAAGGACACCGGAGAAAGAAGCAAAAAACCACGUGACAUUGACCUGAAAAUCUCCAUGAAAAUCUUGUUCCAUUACCCACCUACCUUUCCUUUCACCUAAUCCCAAGAUCCUAAAAGCUUUCCUAAAAACUCUUCCCACCAAAUUAAAGCCUACUAAAUGCCCAGCAAGAGAAAAAAAAAUGAGGCAAGAAAAGCGAAAAAAGAAGGAAGGAGAGAAAGCGAAAAGUAAAAGUCAAGACAGCAGUGUCACUUUUCUCGAAAUUUUGCUUUCUGCGCAUGCCCGAACUUCGCAAGCUGAUAUUUUGCAUCUGGAUCAGAAGGCCGCGAAGUGUACGACAUGUAAACCAGUUUGUGGUAAGUUUUAGCUCUUUAUAGCACGACAGUGACCAGAAAACCACUCGACUAGCUUCAAAACGCGUUUUUCGGCAAAAUCUCCAGGAGCGAAUGGGUUAAGCGCAACACACCGUUGCAAUGUUGAUACAACGUUGCCACUAUUCGAUUCAAUGUCGCAACAAUGUUGUAACGCUGUGUUGCGCUGAAAAUCGUCAUUGCGAAUCAUCCCGUAUUAACAUCACCUUUAACCAAAAAAUUCUCUUGACUUUUUCGCAGCCAUCAAAUGGGAUUGUUAGCCCUUUAAGGUUACUGACCGAAAAGACAGAGUUCCCUGACCCUUGCUCAUACUUUAACUUGUAGUAAAAUCCCUAGCCUGAAAAAGGUGAAAAGGGUACCCCUUUGGGGCGUAGGCUCCAAACGUAUAGGCUAUCAAAGCCAUUAUAUAAGUAGUACCCCCUGGGGUAUUUCCCCUCUCGUUAAAAACCAACUCUCCCAAAUUCAAUUUGAUCUGAGACGUACGAACAUUUUAAAAUGAGUUCCUUUGCGAAAGCCCCUAGCCCGCGUAGCAGGCGUCGAAAGGGGUAGGGGAUAGUGAGGAAGGGAAAAAAGAGGGGGAUUGCGCUUUUCUCCCUCCCUACUUCCCCUCACCUUCUGCGCCUGCCACGCAGGCUGGUAAAGAGACAAUUUUUCUUUUUUGUAACUGGCGUUCCCCAAGUCGCAUUAAAGUAUGAGUCCUGAGUUUAAACUCUGUUUAAAACUCAUUUUGUUAUUUCCUUCACGUAGAGUUCAAGGUUAAGGAAGGAGUCUCGUAUGCCUCCAAUCCCAUCUGCAAGAAGCUCAACAUCUUCCAGGAAAACGUCUUCUUCCCGCGAAAAUGACGGUUCUUAUCCAUACACGCCAAAAGAAAAAGACCGAGAACUAAAUAAGCUGGAAAAUAGACUUACAAUUGUGGGAGAAACCGGCUACUUAACCUCAAAUUUUCGCAAGAAAAGUACGGCAGAAAAGUUGAGCGACACAUCAUUUCAACUGUACACUCUUGAAGACUCGAAAAAACUCCCGAAAAUUUUAAAACCCAAGAAAAAAGUCGGGAGAGGUUCCAAGAGAAAGAAGAUUAAAGAUGAUCAGAGCACCGCAAGCAAUGAGAGCCAGUUGAACACAAGCCAAUUAGAUGACGCGAAAGAUGGGAAUAAAGCGAAUCUUGAAGAUUCGGACAUGUCCGAGGAGAUGACCAACAAAUACGGAUUGGAUCUCAAAAAGGAGUUCAGUAAGUUUCGAUUGGGGAUCUUGGCUCUAGACAAAAGCCUGCUUGAAGGCGUUUUAUAAUUGCUAAUUCCUUUGCUCCAUGCCAAUUGGAAGAGAUAGCGAGGCGGUAAACUCCAUGUGAAAUAUAAAUAACACUUUAAUUUCAAUAGGGUGCACAAUUACAGUCCAACUGUACUUAUGGCCCUAAAUGAAAUGGGGUGUUUUCAAAUUGGUCCCAUUUUGGGGGUCUCUAAAGUUUGGGCCUGGCUUAAGCUUUGUUUAACUCCUAAAUGAUAUUAUUCUAAAACAGAAAGCCAAAUAAGAGCUACAGAAAGAGCUAGUAUUGCAUUCCUCACGAGAUAAGAAAAAUCUCGGCCCAAUUCGUACAUAUAUGAAUUCCCCUCGGGCUUUACACUGUAAAAUUGCUGAGCAAGUAUAUUGAUGCGACAAUGCAUAUCUUGCUGAAGUUGAUUUUACAUAAGUUAUUUCUGGCAAUGCUUAUAAUAAUAGACAAUCUGAGUUCAACUGCCGUAACCAACUAAAUCGGAACACACUCUCAAAUCCUGUGAAAACAGCUAAAAGUGAAGCACAUUUGGCAACGGCCGUUUCAAAAGUCCGUUCGCGGCGUGAAGGAAAGAAAGUUAUUGGAGAAGUCUUGACACAGGCUAGCAAAGUGACAACUUAUAUUAUUACCAAAGUAGUCCCCAUUUUUAAAUCGCAGUCCUGUUAUCAAGCUUCUGGUUCGUGAGGAGAGGAAUACGGUGCCCUGUAAGGGCUAUCAGAUGAAAAACUGUUUUUGUAACUAGUACUGCUACUUAAUAACUGGCACUGCCACUUAGUAACUGGCAGUGCCACUUAGUAACUGGCACUGCCACUUAGUAACUGGCACUGCCACUUAGUAACUGGCACUGCCACUUAGUAACUGGCACUGCCACUUAGUAACUGGCACUGCCACUUAGUAACUGGCACUGCCACUUAGUAACUGGCACUACCACUUAGUAACUGGCACUGCCACUUAGUAACUGGCACUGCCACUUAGUAACUGGCACUGCCACUUAGUAACUGGCACUGCCACUUAAUAACUGGCACUGCCACUUAGUAACUGGCACUGCCACUUAGUAACUAGCAGUGCUACUUAAUCCGUUGAGGAAGAAAGAGGGAAAGGAGCGAUAAUUUUCAACUCUUUUCUACUCCUCUCCAAUAGGCCAUUUCCGAGUCCCCCCGGGUCUCUGUUUCAAAACGAGGGUGGGUGCUGCCUUUGAUAAUUAUGGAAAUCAUUUUUCAUUCUCAUGCAAAUAAAACUCAUUUUCACGAGAAAGGUUGUGCACCUAACCUCAUUUUGAAAGUGAGGGUUUUUGGAACUCGGAAGUGGGCUAUUCUCAAUCCCCUUGCUCUCCAGUCCCUCACCGCCCUUGGUUGUUGCUCUAUGACUUUAUAUUGUUCCUAAAUUUCAUUUCCAUUGUAUUUGUUUUAUUUUCAGAUAUGGAGAUGACCAGACCAUUCACCUUUUCAUACUUUCCACAGAUUUACAGCCGCAACAAAAAAGACGAAAACAAGGAAACGAGAAAUAACAACAAUAAAGUGAGAAAGAUAUCCCAGGUCGAGACUAAAACAACGCUUUAUUAACUGUUAACCCUGAGCCUUGUUGUAAUUUCUUCUUCAAGUCACGCGGCCCUAUCCGCUACAAAGCCGUGGCUGCCAAGAAUGCUGGGAUUGCAGAUAGAUUUUAAAAGUGAGGAUGACUGGAGAGAGUUUACUUACAGAUUCUGUGCAAUAUUUGAGACACACAAUCCCCACCUCUCAAUCUUUUUACACGCACGCUGGUUAACAAAAUGCGGGGGUGCAAUAAGCACUGUCUAUACGGGUACACGGAGUUGCAUUGCUUAAUAAUUUAAUAAUUUAAACACUUAUAUUGCACAGGUAUUCAUAAAAAUGAUCCAAUGCGCAUUACAUUAGUUAUUAAAGCAUGAAAAAAAAAAUACAAACCUAUUUACAUUAAGCAAAACAAUAAGAAUAUAUACACUUCCGCAAUGAAAACCUAAAAUAUUGAUAUGUAACAAUUAAAAUUCAUUCAAACAUAAGCGAACUUAAAAAGGUACGUCUUAAGAUUGCUCUUAAAAGUAUGCAAGUUUGGAAUAUAUCGCGAAGCUCACGCGGUAGAGCAUUCCAUAACUGGGGCGCAGCCACCUGGAAGGACUAUCGCCUAGUGUGACCUUAGUUCUAAAUAUUGGCGAUGCUAGCAAAAUCCCACCUGACGAUCUGAGGUUAUAUGUGCCUUGCGAUUUCAAAGAAACUAAGUUCCGGCUGAAUGUAUGUAGCGGCUAUGGAUAGCAUUCCUAAGGUGAAAGGAUUCCUAUCUAUAUACGGACUUGUGUAAUGAACAUGGAAAAAAAGUACAUGAAUCCAGAUAAAAGUGUAUAAGAUCCUGUUUGUGAGCAUUGGUCCUGAAGCUAAACUGUCCCGAACAUGCCAUACACACUCUUAUACCCCGAUCUUGCUUGACAGAGUAUAGUAAGGGACCCUGUUAUCAACCAUUUUGUUCUUAAGCAGUUUAAGGCCUGGGACUAAGGGGUUUACCUGUGGAAAAUGAAUUACUGGCUCUUAACUUCGGCAUAGAUGAUGGCGCUGGAACAAAAUUUGGCACACUUAAAGAACUCAUCUUCCUUAACAUUUUUAAGAAUUAUUAUUGUAUUAAUAAGUCACGUGAUGUGUCACGCGACCAUUUAGCUAGAAAUCGUAAAUAAUGGAGAAAUUGGUGGCUGGUUCAAGAAAAGAAAUGGAGCAAUAACAUUUUUCUAAUUUAUAUUAAAUAUUUCUAACACUUCACGUUUGGAAUGACCGUCCAUUGCACUUCAAUUAAAAAAUAGUGAGGAAAAAUAUCAUUUUUAAUGCCCAAAUUAAAUCUUGAAUUAUUUAAAACUUUAAUUUUAAACUUCGCGUGCAUUCAUUCCAAAUGUAGAAAGUUUGGUAUGUUUAUUCUCUUUCAGAAAUGCCAAUUUGUUUACCCAAACAAAGCAAAUUUGCCACCAAUUCCCCAAUUUCCUUCAUUUUAAAUGUUUGGUCACGUGGCAUGUCACGUGACCAUAAUUAAACGUGAAGGGAAAAGAAAACCUCAAGAUAUACUUUUAGGAAAAAAAUUCAUUUGGUUCUAGGUCUCCUAGUGAGAGAUAUUGCCAGUCAUUCUUAUGCUCAGAACACUCCUUUGACCCAGGCCUUAAACCCCUGUAGCUACUAUGACUCGAUAAAACAGUUCUAUCCAAACUCUGUGUCUGCGUGUGAAUGAAGUGUGUGAGCUCGAUUACCAGCCGCUGUUCGAGAAAAUGACCCCGCACUCAUCCUACCGAAGGAGCUCUCUCUUUAGGGAGGAUCAAAGACCGGACUCGGGAGACGGCGGAAAUCGAGCCUAAAACUAAGCUUUUACAUUCAAAAUCUAAUCUUGUCAAUAAGUUUGACAAUAAACUUAUGAAAUGACUCCUGGCCAGGAUUCAAACCUUUUACAGUAUAAAUUUUGUCGUGUUACUAUUGAAAAAAAUUUAUGCCUUAACUCACUCAGUAUAAAGAUGUAUAAGUUACGUGGUUUAAAUAUCUUCAUAGCUUGAUGAAGCUGAAAGGGAGCGCUUAGCUCUGAGUCCAAAUAACAAUAAAAUUGUUUAGAGUAUGAAUUCAUGGGGGGUUUUUGGACUGAUGCAACUCACUCUUUCUCAAAUUAACUACUUGAGAGCAAAAACAAAUUCCCUAUGAUUUUCUGAAGUUUAAUUUUUUACAUUUUCCGCAGUCGUAGAAAAAAGAAAAGGAAACCUAAAAUUUUCGGAUUCAAAAAUGUGAUGGGUAGAAAAAUCAUAACAAUUAUCACUUCUUACGUAAUACGCUUAACUGUAUCUAAAAUUUGGGGGAAAAUAAUAUUGAAGCCCUUGAAAUUUCGAACAAACUCAAGAUCUACCAGGAUGACCGAACAGAUACAAACUUUGCAGCUCCUCUUAGAAUGCAUUUCUAGAGAUCUAAAAGUACUGUGGAUAGCCAAAAAAGUGUUUUCAAUGCACUAGAGGUGAAAACCGUUGUUGGGUACCCCUGAGCAAAAGAGUCGCCGGAUAUAAAUGACUGAAAAUAAAAUUACGAAGAAGCCAUAAGAAAAAACAAUGUUUCCGAAUAAAUCAAUAAUUCCCCUGUUUCCAAAAGUUAUGGCAGGAUAUCCCUUUGGAAGGGAAUGGUUAUGUAAUUUCCUCGGGCUUCCCCCAAACACUUGGCGGACCCUUCUACCUGAUAUCGUGAUUAACUGUUUGUCGACACUAUCUUGCAUUGUAAAGGCCCUGUUACAAUAAGUAAUUUCUCUUGUAACUCGUCUCAAAAGAAUAAGCCGAGCAAACUCUUUUUUGGGGGGUAGGAAAGUCGCGAGAAUUCAUACUUUUAUUGUAUUUUAUUUUAUUAGCUUCGCCAAUUAUUGGCAGGGUCACUGCAACAGCAUGACGCCAAUUACUGAGGGCCCGUAACAGUCCCUCCCCCCAAAUGAGAGAUAGACCACCACUCCGAACAGAUUGUGGGUUCUUUAACGUCACACAGAAUUUAUAUACGCAAGGGUUCUGAGACGGGCCUACGGCUUAUCGUCCUUAUCGGAGAAGACUAGAAAGCAAACGAGAGGAGAGCAAAUAAACGAGAGCCGCAUGCACUUGAAGUGCGAGGGGCGGGGAAAGAAAGGAACGCGCUCGCCCGAGGCCUGGGGAUAGUAGCGUAUCAAAGAAGAGGAAGUCUGGAUCCCAGCAUAUAUUAUUUGCCAUCAAAAUGGCGUCUACUCCAGCAAGCAGUGAAGUCGAUCCCGAGGAAGACACGGGUACUGUAAAGUUUGGUACGCAGAAGACGGGCCGAGCUGCCGAAUAUCCAGACUUUGCAAUUAUUUGGUCAUUUCUGGAGAACUUUAGGCACCUUUUGCACUUCCCUGAUCUUUCAUUAGAUGACCUGGAGGAUGGAUUCAACAGCCAUAAUUCUGAAAACGGUAAGCCUAAUUGAUGGUCAAAUUUUAAUUGAUGUGUCAUUUAUCUGCAGCAUUUGGGGCGUUUUUCUGAGAAAUUAUUUUAACCAAUCCUCUUUGCUUCCGACAAAAUGCUGGCUAGUUCCCUUUUGUGGCUAUAAUUCCACGAAUGGCUGUAUUUCGCUUCUCCGGUACUUUUAGCUUUUGUUUGACGCCCGAACAAAGCGCUUUUAUUGAGCUGUUAGACAGCUGCACUGUUUCUUUUCAUUGUCACUUCCCCAACUGAGUUUAUAAUUUACAGCUCAACUUGCUCUGCAUUACUCCAAAUUGCGUGACCAUCUCAAUUCCUUUUUAAUUUCGCCGAAAAUCGUGCACGUUUCUGUCAAUCUGUAGAUUUCAUUCGGCCCGAGCAACGUUUGUGUGAAGAAAUAUCGCCAGCAUUGACGACAAUAUGAUAAUUUUUGUGUUUAUUUGGCGCGCUUUUCUCAGUGGCCUCGGGUUAAAUUUAUACAAACCCUGGUCAUUUCCCGGGAUCAUUUUUAAAAAUUAAUUUUUUGUUGCCGUCGAGGUUCCCGUAAUGAUAAUCGUUUUAACAUCUGGGUCGGAAAAUCGGAUCUUCGCGAAGCUUAAAUACUAUUACAUACAGAUACUUCCAAUUUUUUAAACGAAUAUAAUGGCAUUUCUUCCACUAAAUAGGUGGGUGUAUUAGGAAAGUACCAGUUAAGUAGACCUAAAGAAUAACAUGAGCUCAUGUACACUUAAGAUCAUUGAGAGAUUACUUCCUGGGAUACAUGUAAGUGUUUACAUUGGGCUACAUUGGAUAAAACUUUUGCACCCUCCCGAAAAGAGGGGAGACAGAAUUCUUCAGGGCUAGUGUAAAAAAAUUGGAUCUUUUUAGGGGUGAGACGUUAUUUGUAAGAAGAUCUUCAGAGAUGAACAAAGAAUUCAUUUAAUUUUUAUUAUUAUAUGCGAGAUAUUAUAGCAAAACAUAACAGACCCGUGUUUAUUUCCUUAAGCCCUGAUAUCCACUUACUUGAGGAUGCAGUUAAGAGAACUUGAUUAAAGAUCAAAGCAUUUUCUCUUAGAAGGUGAUCACUUAAUUAAUUCUCAUAACUUAAUCUUUUGAUUCUGUCUGAAAACUGUUGAGAGAAUCAAUGUGGUCAUUCUUGGGACGAGAAGUGAAGGGUUAACAAUAAUAAAUACUGUAAAAUUCCAAAAGUAAGCCCCGGGGCUUAUAUUUUUCAAAGGCCCUUUUGGAGGGGCUUAUUUUUGGAGGGGCUUGUCUACGGAGGAAAAUUUGUGUUUCAAUAUCGAUUGAGCUAGCCUUAUAGUUGAAAGUAAAUUUAGUAUUUUUGCUUUGUUUUACUUUGUAUUUGAGGGUAAUUCUCCAAGUACAAGCUCCCGGGGGGCUUAUAUUUGGAGGGGCGAUUUAACAGAGGGAUUUUUGUGUUACCACUUUGGGGGGCUUAUACUUGGAGGGGCUUAUUUUCGGAAUUUUACGGUAUUAUAGUGUCUUGAGACUAAAACUACUGCAGAAGUGUAGCGUCUGUGUAUGCACGUACGCCUGCAUGUACAGCUGAAAUCUUGAAUUUCUUUUUAUUUCUUGAAAGCAUUUUUUAUCCUUAAAUCAGAAUGACUGAUAAUUCUUUCGCAGAAUAUUUGUUUUUUUGUGUGUGUGUAAGUAUAUCCUUUAUCCUUUUAUCAUAAUCAGCCAAAAAACUGUUAAAGUGGGAUGAAAAAUGAAAAGAUGUGCCUUCCCUUCAACCUCACUGCAUUUUCCUUUUUUUUGUACUGAAAAUGUCCCACAGAAAAUGGAGGAGUACACCCCUGAGACCCCGCUUGUUUGGAGCACUGUCUGUGCUCUAACUUUUCUUCCCUUGCAGAGACCUUCCAAAUCUCACACUUUGCUCGUGAAAUAGUAUCCAUAUCUAGCUGGCAACUAUCCCAGCUGCCCCUUUGUGAAUUUACUGGAUUUGCCCUUGUGACAUACUUGUAAUACCUUUCAUAGAAGGAGCAUACAUGGCUGCCUCUAAGGGCCAGGGACCAGGGAUUUUAUCCAGCUACUACAAACAUGACCCCUGGUAACUUUCAGUGAUUGUGUUACAUGUGCCUCUGUGUCCUGCAUCCCUGACACAUAAAAAUUCCCAAAGAAGCGAAAUAAUUCAUGGUAUGCAUCCUGUAGGAUGCAAAGAUCGAUCGAUUGAUCUGAACAUGUGUAUUUGUAGCAAUAUCCCACUCAUGUAAUUUCUGUGGCAGUUGUUAUGGCUGUUGUUUAACGAUGCAUAUUUCUUUUAGCCUUUGUUGUGCUUUAUAAUAGAAGUUCUAUAUUUUAAUUUCAGUAUACUGUAAUACAGAGUUUUGGAGUCUGUGUUCAGAUUAACUGUCUGGCUACGUAAAGGCCCAAGCAUUUUCAAUUUUGGACUUUUUUUUUUAGCCGAGACUCAUUGAUUGGUUGUGGACUGGGACUCACCUUAACUAUUUUUUGUAACAAUUUCACUGAACAUUCAUGGGAAGCAAAACUAGAUUAGAACCAAAAGAUUUUUCUGGCAGUUGAAUUCCCCACAGGGUUGUCAUUAAGAGCCGGGGGCCGGGGAUUUUCCCCGGCUACUAAGAGAGUGGCCCCCGGCUACUUUUAUUGGAAAAUAGAACAAAAAUAGAACCAAAAGAAAUCCCUAGCCUUUUGAUUCCCCGCCUACUUGUUGUAUUUACCCGGCAACUUGAAAUCUUAGUGACAACCCUGUCCCCGCCUACUAAUUACAUAUACCUGCCAACUUGACGUCUUAGCUUAGUGACAGCCCUAAGCCCUGAAGUUGCAUCAGUAACAUUUUUCUUGUUAAGAAUUUGUGAAAGGCCACCUCCAGUGUCUCUGCCAACUUUAUAGCACAAGAAAAAUGACUGAUUGCUUAGCCUGUAUUCUUUUCUAGGCAAUGUUUUGCUGAUUGAAGAACUGUUUAAGAAGCUUUUAAGAAGAAUUGGAGUAUCUGUAAACCCAGAAAGAUGGGAAAAAUCUCUACUUAAGGUUUGUAUCUAUCAAUAAUAAUCAAUAACCAGACCAAAUCUUUCCUUAAGUUAGAGAAAAUACUUUUACUGUAAAACUUUGCAGUUUCUGGUAAUAAGAUACUACAGGCCGUAGUUUUUUUUCCUUUUGUGCAGUGUGUUCAUUCUAGAAAUUCUCUGGAGUAGGACAUCUUUGCGUACAUUGUAGCUAUUGUGAUAAUAGCUUUGGCACACCCCCACUGUUCUCCACCCCCCAUGUAUCCCUCAGUAUUGUACCAAAAGUUGAGUAACAUGUUUUACUCAUUUGAAACUGUUGUUUUUCAAGGUCACUAAAGAACAUGGCUUGGUCUGUGCAUGGGAUUUAGAGCAGUUUGGCUACCAGGAACUAGAAGUUUCAUCCAAGCUGGAUCUCUUUAAGGUUGUGAAAAAUAUCUUCUGAAUUUUCUUAAAGUAUUAGUAUUUACCCACAUAUAGGUUGCACCUGUGCAAAAGCCACACUCCAAACAGUCAACUGGUUUAUUUUGUGGAUUAAAACUUACAUGUAAUUGCACUGAAAAGUCAUAUAUCAUGGCCAUUCCCCUCAAAGGAGCUGUGUCUUGGAAUUUAUCAAAGUUUGCGAUGUGGGAACUGCCCGUAAAUUGAGUGAAAUAUAAAAAUAGCUGCUCAAAACGUUAAAGAAAGAAAUAAAUAUCACAGCAUAUACAAAAGAAGGUAUGGAUGGGCAAAUUUAAAGAAGAUUAAAAUGGGUUGCAAAUUAGGUUUUUGAAAACUUGCCAGCAUAAAGUUUUCCAAAGUUCAUUUUUUGUUAUUUGUUACAUCGGUUGCAAUGCUUGGGAGACAUUGUUUGUUUUCAAGCCAAAAAGUUGUGAAUUUGUCAUUUGCCAGUUAUAUCUUAACUUAAGUUAAGGCCACAGCACAUGUAAUAGGCAAAAUUAACAAAAUGAGCUACAUAGCUGCAACACAGCCCCCUUAAAGUUAGGCUCAGUCUCCAGCCUUGGGUUGUCUCAAUGCACCCGCAGUAAUCACAUCGAGACACCCAAGGCUGAAGACUGAGCCUACCUUAAAAGUAGUCAGAGUGCUUUUUCACAGAUGCAAUUUAAGCUAAAGUGGAGACAGAGAAGGGUGGUCAAUUUAUAGCUCUUUUCUAUAAGUUUACUGGAACACUGUCAAGUUGGACUUGAUUUGUCUGCAGAUGUACGUGUAUAAGCCAAGUGAAUGCAUGAAUAACAUUCCCUGUAGCUUGGUAUAUAUGUUACAGGUCAGAAUUAAAUUUAGGUUAAAAUAAUUUUAAACCUAGGUUGAUUCUCUGUUAAAUUCUUUUGUCUCUUACUUAGCCCUAAUUAUUCAUGAAUUAGGGCUAGGAGACAAAGGAAAUAGAGAAUCAACCUAGAUUAAAAAAUUUUAACUUAAAUUUAAUUUUGACCCAUAACAUAUAUGUUCCUUGGUUUUUGGAGUGUUUGCUACUCACACAUGUGUUUAGUAUUUAUACAUCUUGCAAUACCUAUGCUAUAAUAUUCCACUCACGUAAAUUUCUAGAACGUUAGCACUUGAGUUAUUUUUAUAUGAAUACAUGUUCAGCGAAGAGCUAGGCAAGCAAAACUAUUUUGUUAUCCAUGGCUUAAAAUUUCUUUUCCUCUGUUUCAAACUCACUGUCAUACUUGACUAUACCCCAACACAAAGAAAAAUGAAGUUUAAACCAGGGGAUAAAGUGAACCAUGGCAUAUGUAAGUUCCUACUUCACUUUUCUUGGGUGCAGAUUAUAUUAAACCAGCGUUAUAAGGCACAACAUGCAAUGCACGCACUUUAUAUGUAUAUGUCUAUGCUGUAGAGUAGGAACCAAUUUAUGCAAGAUUUUGGUUUAUGACAAUGAUUUAGCCUGUGCCAGGCUCUCAGGUAGUUGGUAUGUCAUGAAAACAUAGCCUGCAUAGCAGGCACUUGGAAGGAAUGGGCACAGGAAAGAACAGGGGCGUGCGAGGGAGACGUGAGGCGAGACGAUUGUUUUCUGUCAAAAUUUUUUGACAGAUCACGCAGCCGCUCUCAGGUAAUUGGACUGGAGCAGGAAACGAUUUUCAUGGGCCUCUCAGGCAGGCGCUCCCUCUCCCUUUUCGUCUCCCUCACAUGCACCUGUUCUUUCUUGCGCCCAUUACUUCCAAGCACCUGCUACACAGGCUAUGAAAACAAGUCUAGUGAAAAUAAGAUGCACCUGACCUGGGACAUGGGGAAGGUGAUAGUGGCCUCCUCUCUCUGUCUCUCUCCAUCCUCUGCUUGUCUUUUGCAUAAAGUCUUCCACGAUCUCUGUAUGUUUCCAUCUUGGAGCCUGGAACAGCCUAACAAAGAUAGCUCUGUACAAGGAGAUUCAAUGGUUGUUGUAGUGUUUUGUUUCUAUAUUGUUAUCUGCAGGUGUUACUUGAAUGCCAGUUUGAUCAGAAUGAAAAACUCAAGAGUUCAGUUAAUAAAGGUUUUGAUGCUGAAGAUCUUCGCAUGCAGCCCAUUGGACGAGAUUUGGAUGGAUUUAUUUACUGGUAUCAUGAGGUAUUAAAGACUUAUUCAUUGAAUUUUAAUAGUGAGGCAAAUUAUACAUUGAGAAUAUUUCCCCAUUUCUGAAGUUGGCCUUCAUAGCACUUGCAAAAAAUAUAAUGAACGCAAGAAAAAAAUGGCGCGCGCAAGGGAUACACACUUGUCUCUCUCCCCGUUAUUCUUUAUUUAAUGCCGGAGAAUAGAACCCUCCUCGAUCAGCAUAAUUCUUCAGAUUAUACUCAGCCUCAUCCAGUGAUUGCUAAUUAGUUGGACUUUCUCAGGCAGUGGGAUAUUUUGGGUUAAUCCGUGACCCCUUACAAUUCCUGCAGGGAGUCAUCCCAGAAAUGUUGAACAAAAUCUUAUUUUUCUGCUUCCCUGCAAGAAGAGUCUAUCACUCCUUUUCCAUGAUAUGUUUGAUGAGUAGCGCUCUGAGUUGUAACACCGUUUGAUCUAACCCGUCACAGUUUACAAUUUCAACAAAACCAAUCGGUUUAUAGGGCACGUAUUGAUAAAAUAGAGGCAAUGUAUUCUCACAAUCCGUUUUCACUCUCACCCCUGACCUUUCUUUUGACCGCUCGGGCGCUUGUUCUCAACCUAGACAAAGUACGGGCCGUUUUGCAGUCUUGCAAUGAAUGGAAGGUUGCGCGAAAAGGUAAAGGUUGACUUUAUGUUUACGCGCGGCCUUUUAUAUACAUUGCCUCUAGUUUAUUUACGCACGUAAAAAUUACGCGACAGGGGAAAUCCACUCUAAGAGACUUUUAGACUUAUUUUUUAAAUUUCCAAGGUCAGGAAAUGAGCUCUCAAAGUAUUAUUUGUUUUUGAAAGGACGAUUGUAAUGGUGUGCGACUGUAUACCACCGAGGAAGAUGAAGUGAAUUGUGAAUCGUGGAAAUUGUUAGCUGGGUAAGUACAUGUGUAGAUAAAACAAGUCUAUCCCAAAAUACAGAAGGUACUGCGCAAGGCAGAAUACAGUAAGGCAAUGCAAAAGGGGAAACUGGACCGAGUCAACCUUUGCUAAGACUUCUGGGACUGUUAUUAUAGAUAACAACAACAACAACAAACUUUAUUAACAAAAAGAUAAUAUUACAGAAGCGUUGCCCGCGGCAAGCAAGGUUACUCGAGGCGGGACAGUGAGUGCAAAAUAUGAAAUUAAGACUAAGGCUAACUAAGGACGGUUUACAGUUCACAAACAAAUGGAAUAAAAAUCGUAAUAUGUAGAGGACUAGAUAACACAAUAAAGAAGAGAGAAUUAAACAAGUAAAUUGUUAAAGUAGAACUAAUAAGUAAAACUUUAUUUUUCGUUAUUUUUGGCUAAUUUUACCUGUUCAAUUAAGGUGGGCAUAUCAAUAUAGUCACCUUCUUAAUUCAAAAUAUCAAAAAGUAAUUUGUGGAGUGUUUUUUUGAAUUUUAUUCUUGUGAAGAUGUCGGAUGUGACAGGGUAUCUCAUUCCACAGCUUUGCCCCAAAGCGAGAGAAAGACAGUUUAUCGGAACUGUUUACAUAAAAAUUUCCUGAAGCCGAUGCUCUUGGCUUCAUUAGAUAAUUAGAGGCGUAUGCUAAUGAGGGAACAAAUGUAAACAAGGAUUCGCCCGUACACUAGACUGUUCACAGUCCUCUACUUUUCAGUAAGAUCGCCGAGAUCGAGCGCUUUGCGUUACGGGCUGCCAUCUUGCAUAAGUGUCAAAACUACUUAGGGGGCGGGGGCGGUUUGGGAGGAAGCGAGAAAAUCAAGAUGACCGCCAUUAACGGUAAGACGCGCUAUAUCUCUACGAUCUUACGAAAAAAAUAGGGGACUGUGAACAGUCUACCCAUACAUCUUAAUGUUUUGGUUUUCGUACAGUGAAACUGAUGAACUAGUCGCUGUUGUUGAAUUCCUCGAGUCGAAGUCAGAGGUCAAUCCAAAGGAAAUUGCUCUGGAGAAACGAAAGGAAAUGAAAAAGAAACGAGAUAUCAAGAGUCCUGGAAAGAAGAAAGGAAAGAAAGGUUAGAUUUUUACAACUGAACUACCGGCCUCCGAACAAGUUCUCUACUUUAUUUCGAGUUGCGAGUGAAGCGAGCCGUUAGAGUUGGUGCCAGAGAGCGGCAAAGCCACGAAGGGCUUCGCUUACCCGCUUCUUGCCCUCGCGUUUCCUUUUCGUGUCGGUCUUUCGAGUGUGAUUUCUACCGUUGUUGCUCCCCCUUAAUAGUAAAUAAAUGAACGAAUUAAUACUAAUUAUAGAGAGCUUGCUCGCAGUUGAUCAUUUCACCUUUCUGGGAAACUGCCCACCUACCCCUCCCCUAAGCCAACAUUAAUACUUACUUCUCACUUAAGGCAAAAUGUUGGCUUAGGGGAGGGGUAGGUGGGCAGUUUCCCAGAAAGGUAAAAUGGUCCUAAUAGUUUAUUACUACUACAGUAAAACCUAACAAACGCUCACCCUCGGGAAUUAGCCAAGUGACCGCCAAACCGAUGUGUUCUGGGGUGUCGCAUUUGCCUGCUGAACUGUUUUAUUGUUUCUUAAAGCUUGAAAUCAAGAAAAAAAUUCUAUCAGAAGAUUAGGACGUCUAUACGCGUAUGCCGUAUUUGAAGCCACCUUGCGUUCCUUUUUUUAUUUGGGUGCGCAGUUCUAUGGCUCUGCGGGUGCGUUUUACGUUUUUAACAGAUUUUUCUGUGACCCAGACUUCGUUUGGACCUCUUAUGAAACUUUUACUCCUUUGUUUUUGUAGGAAAAAAGAAGGGAGAUGUUGUCGAAGAAGAUUAUGACGACGACAAUCCAUGUGCGAGAUGUUUUUCAAACGUGCGACCAGAUUCAGUGAGUUCAUGUAGUGUAUUUACUCCGUAAUAUUAAAAGUCCACUGUAAAUCACGUGAAAACCACAUGCGCUUUGGUAAUCAGUGUAUUUCAAACAACAAUUUGCUACCAGGCAAGGCUCCUGGAAAUGGCAGGGCACCAAACACUUUCCCCUCGAAACAGAUUAUGUGGACAUUUAAGUCGUUAACUGCUGUUUGUAAGUCGUAUUUUGUGCUGGUCUUAAUAGAGCUUUUUACCGAUACGGACGCCAUAUUGAAUUAAUUCGAUUUAAGGAGUAUUAUAGGAUGCCCAGGGGGCAUGAGCACAUUUCGUUUGUAUUUUCGAGCGCUUUUCUGGACAUUUUUUCUGAAAGUUUUCUUAGAAUAAGAUUCUAAUGGGAAAAAUGAUCCUUGUGCCGUGUUUGGAUGUAAUAAUGAUCGUCUUUUUCUAGUUUAGUAUUAGAAAUAAUGGUCUUUCACUGUAUAUUUCUCGGCAAAAAGGCGAUCAUUAUUACAUCCAAACACGGCACAAGGAUCGUUUUUCCGAUUACAAUCUUAUUCUAAGAAAACUUUAAGAAAACGUGUCCCAAAAAGCGCUCGAAAAUACAAACAAAAUGUGCUCAUGCCCCCUGGGCAUCCUAUAAUACUCCUUAAAUCGAAUUAAUUCAAUAUGGCCGCCGUAUCGGUAAAAAGGUCGAUUGCAAACACCUUAGCGGAAACUCUGGAACGAGGAUGAAAUCCAAGAUGAGACUGGGAAUAAAAGCCUUCGUGUGGACAACAAAGCGCGCAUCGUUGCAUUCAAGAAUUCACGCUUUCGGCGCUUUGUGCUUCACAAUCAGCGAUACAGGUUUAAGAGAAUGAAACCGACUGUUUUCAGCUUAAGGCCAAGGGCGGAGACAUGUCAUUUAUAGUAAAUUGAAUAAGACUUUUCUGCCGAGUGUAGUCCUGAAUAAGACUGCUGUUGACAGUGACUGGCGUUCCGACAACCUGUUUGAUAAUCAUUAUGAAUUCUUUAUUGUCAUUUGACCGUAUUAACUCUCGCUGCAGUUAUGCCGCAAUGUUUAUAAAUUGGUCUGUAUCUGCCUCUUUAAUGACUGUGUCAAUUUUAACUCACAGAUUCUCCUGUGUGACAAGUGUGACGCCGCUUAUCAUACAGCUUGCCUUCGUCCCCCUCUUCUAACGGUGCCACAGGGGGACUGGUUCUGCCCUUUCUGCCAACAGGUGGGUUACAGUUGAUUUUAUUACGGCACGGAAUAACCAGACCGAAUUACACUAGGUCAUUUUUCCCACCAGAUAAGUUUUUUUACAUAAGAACAAAGAAAACUGCGUCUGAACGCUUGUCCGCUUCUUUCCGAGAUACAUUUAUUGUGGGCCAUAACCAUGGCAACGUCAAAACGGUCAAAAGAAGCGACUGUAAAACCACGGAGGUGUUUUACUCGGGUUUCAAAGUCCUACGGUAAAACAACCAAUCAGAGGAGUGGUUAUGAAAUUUCCCGCGUAAAAGUCGCACUGCACGCGGCGAGUUCCGUGGGAAACAAACUUGAAAGUCGUAGCUUUUGACUCGGUUAGUAAAACGCCACAAUAGAUUUUAUAUCUCAAAAGAAAUAUUGCGGGGACUGAACUGCAUUUCCCACGUCAUGUUAAACGCAAUUGUUAUUUUGUGUUGUUUUUGUCACUAGCUGGCUUUGUUGGAAGUUUUAAAGGAGAAGAAGACUCGUAUAGCAGCGCGGAUGAAGUUAAGGCAAAGGCAAGCCAAAAGGUGAUUUAAAAUUAUCGAAAACGCUAUGGUCUAGUCGGGUGAACAUUUCGUUCAAUGUGUGGUCAGUGGUUGAUAUGACUCUCUUGUCUCGAGGGAAACAAUUUGUUUUCCCGAGGGUUUCGAUGCUUUAACGCAGCGUUUCUUUCAAGGACACUAAGUCUGUGCUGAACUGUAUUUUACAACAUCUCUAAUUAACCAAUGGCAGUCGGUUAUGAAUGCACCGUAGUUGAAAAAGGUCUAGCUUAUCCUUUCUUCCAAUGACUUUUAGCGCCUGUCCUGUUGUUGGCUUUAGUCCUGAUCAGGGACCAGUUACCACAGCAUGAACCACAAAAGAGUUGAUCAUUUUACGCGAGCUUCUACACAGUUACGUUAGCUAUAUAAAUGGCCUCAGUGAUGCCUUUACAUUUUUAACAGUCUGGGCGCAGAUAUCCUCAGUAUCCACUAAUCUCUGCACCUUUCAAACUGGCUUAAAAUAUUUUAUUUUUGUGUUUUUGUUUGCUGUCGCCGUUUUGUAUUGUUUCUGAAUUUCCCUGUUUGUUUUUUCUUUCCCAACACAUUGCAGUGGACAACGGACAAUUUGACUGACAAUAAACGACUGUUAAACUGUGACAAUAGACGGAUAGAAACGCACCAAUGACAGUUCGAGUCUUUAUAGCCAAUAAAAUGCACGGCUUAACCGACAGACGACCAACAACAUCGCCACUGAACGGACCAAUCAUGUCAAUAACCAGAGUUUAAUACCAUCAACUGACGCGACACAACUCACUUUGAUCCUAAGAGUGACUACCGCACAGGUUGUAGAAACGUCAGUCACUGUCAACAACAACGGUCCCAUACAGGUCUACCUUCACCCGGAUGAUCAUGCUCAACCUACUUAUGAAAUGACUUCUGGGUUCAAACCUUUCACAGUUUUACAUUGCAAAUAUCUUCUUGUUCUAAAGAACACUAGUCGUUAACCACCAGAACACAGACUCCUCCCUGUCACUCUCUUUUUUCAUUUUAGGAAAUACUGAAUCUUCAAAAUUUAUACUCCAAGGUCAGUCUUAGGAGAUGUUCGAGUCAAAUUUUCCAAGCAACAUUGUAAUUGAUUUAAAGGAGUUUUCUUUGUGUGUCGUUUAUAUCUUUGAAAUUGCUUAGGUAUUGCCGUUAAUCCCGUAGGAAGCUCCUUCAGAGGGGGACUGGGGACGUGUUAAGCUUACGCGAUAGCCAUAGCAUAAAAUUAGAAAGAAAGAAACUAAGUUGCACGGUGCAGUGAUUUCUGUGAUGGACGAGGCAAAGAAUUGUCUUUAAAAUCAGAUGAUACAUACCGUAAAUGACCUAAUCAACGCCCGCCUUUAAAUAAACGCCUCCUCUACGCCUAUAAAAUUGUAUCAGACGCCCUUUUCUAAUGAAGUUUAAUCGACGCUCCCUUUGAGAAUCACUCCAAAAUACUAGGAAUUAGCAAAAAGGAGCAAAAUCAUUAAAUUCCUUCAGUUUCUUGCUUGAUUAACAAGGCUUUGCGGCGGUAUUUCAUCCUGUUCAAUGUCAAAUUCAAAUUGAGGAUAGACUAACGAUGGCAACACAAUAACCCUGAGCAAGGAUUCUGACAUCGAUGUUGGGAUUUGAAAGAGCGAUAUAGAUCUCUAGACGGCCUAGACGUAUCAAUUGGUGGAUUGGAUAUUCCGUUAUUUUUAAACUCUAAUAUUUAACUAUUUACCACGAUAUUUUACUAUUGAUAUUUCUGCCGAAAGUAUAUUAGUUUUGUUGAGCUUGUUACAGUUAUGAGAAUAAACGCGUCUCUCUUUUAAACGGCUCCUUCCUUCUAAGCGCCCCCGUUUGGAGCCCAAAAGUUAAACAGAUGUCCCGGCCGUUUAUUAGGUCAUUUACGGUAUUGUACUGUACUUUGAUCUGUCUAUAUGGAGUGGCAGUGGUACGUUCAUGAUAAAGCCAGUAAUACAUUUUGCAGGAGCCUAUUGCCGCUAAUCGGUUCCUGGUUUUUGUAAGGAAAUAAGAGAGAAAGUUAUUCAUUGGGAGGGGUGGCUGAUAGCUUUUCUUCUCUUAAGGGGGUUAGAAAAGACGUUUAUCAGUGAAUUUUGGACAAUUGUACUUAAGAAGUGAGAGAAUAGUCCUGAUGACCAUUAAGUUUGGCAAAAAUAGUGGUACUCAAUGUUCAUAGAUGGAAAACAUAACAGAUUUUUUUCCCAGUUAGCGAAAACUUUCUAAAUGACAGUGACAUUUAAUAAUGUCAAGAGAACUAAAUAAUUAGUCGAAUAUUUCAUGUUCCUCCAACAGUGAAACGUUUAGACAAAUCGAACUGACCUGUCAGUGUUUUCAGUGCAAUUUAUUACGGAACUGCAGUCAUAUUUGAACUGAUAUGAAAGACUUGAAAAAAGGAGUAUUUAGACUUCCAGUUGAACCAUUUGGGGCGUUUCUUAUCUUAAGCAAACCAUGCGAUAGCAUUUUUUAGCUUAGAUAAUUCUUGACUGUUUGUCAACGUGGUAGUUAAAUUACCGUUUCAUUCCGAAAAGUUUGAAUGAUUAUUUGGAUCAUUUUGCCUUUCUGGGAAACUGCCCACCUACCCCUCACCUAAGCCAGCAUUUUGCCUAAAGUGAGAAGUAGGUAUUAACGUUGGCUUAGGGGAGGGGUAGGUGGGCAGUUUCCCAGAAAGGUAAAAUAAUCCGAUUAUUUUUCCCAAGCCUUUCUUCUAUCUAACUGUAAGUCACACUUUUUCCUGAUUAAGAAUCUCCAGACUGAUAUUUGUCCAAUAAAGCACCUAAUAUAUAAGAAUUAAUUAAUCCUAACAGAUGAAGCAGGUUCUAAGACGGAAGAGAACUGAUGAUUAGACGACACUUGGGCAGAUCAAAGUGUCUGUGCUGGACCAUUAAAAACAAAUGUGUACAGUCAACUAUCUUAACGAACACCUCUUUAAGACGGACACCUUGGUAAAACGAACACCUACAGUUCCCUGCAUUUUCUCAUUUCUCCAAGACAGACACAGUUCCAGUCCAAAAGAUGUCCUUUUUGGACGGAGCUGUCUGUAGCUUCAUAGAAUAUCCGUACUUUCCUUACAGGGGAUUGAAUCAUCAUAGAGCAGUUUGAUAAAUUAACGUUUAAUGUUUUAAUUUGGACCUGUCAAUCUCAGAUACAGUUUAGAGAAACUACCCAGGCUGAUUUCCCAUUACCCUUCCAAUAUGUUAGAAAUUCAUCAGCCUGACAGUGAAGUCACAAGCUUGCUUGUUAUAUGGGAGCUGCUUUCCUCUGCUAUUUUUAGUGAGAAAUAAGAAUGUCUCCAGCUGUCGGCACAGUGUGCCAAUGAAUAUGGCAACUGUUUCUCAUAAACUGGAGUUGCUCUGAGUCCGUUGAUUGGCGCGCGUACCAUCAUAGAGAGGAUGGUUACGAGUGGCAGGUCAACGACUGCAAAGUUUUUGAUCACCGUAAUUCGAGCGAACGAUACCUGUUAUAGUGAAGGUACGGGCCACACUUAUGGUAUCCCAUUUGAUUCACUUUUUCAAAAUUUGGAUCAUUAUUUGGAAAAGUAUUAUUUUUCUGCUGUUUUUGGUAUUUCCUGCUGAUGCGACUUUGUGAAGGUGCUUUUGAAAGUAACUAACAUCUUAUUUUUGUAUUUUUCCGUGCGCAUGCGCAGACGGUUGGUUUCUAACAUUGCAUCUGCUUUAUUCUGUUUUUCUCUCUCAGGUUGGGCUUCGCUGGUAUCGAUUUAAAUAACAUUUUACAGGUAUCUCGUUUUACAUGUUAUGUUUUUGAAUUUAUAAAACUGCCUUCCUAAGCGGUGAUUACUUUACUCUACAUCCUACACAAGGUUUUUCUGCUAUCAUUGUAGUAAUUUUACUUAAAUCGCAUGUACAGUAAAUUCCCAACCGUAGAAAACAUUGAUUUAGUUGCUAUUGCAAAAUCGCAUUACAACAUUUCAUAAUGUAAAUUUACUAAGGACUUUGUUAACAAAUUGUUGAGUCUUGUGUCACGAAAUCUAUCUCGGUAGCGUUAAAAUCCUUGUAUCAAUCAAUCAAUCUCUAAGUAACUGAUAUUUAAUCACAAAAUAAUGAAGUCAUGCUGUCGGAUUUCUUUCCCGACGAAUAAAGGGAGUGAUCACCGUUAUUUUAAAACAUAUUGUUCUUAUUGAUCCCCUAAAAUGUAUGAUAACAGCGUGAAGAAUAUAGCUCUUCAAAUGAAAGCUUCGAAAAGGGUUACAUUUAGUUUAAAUUGUGUUUUUCCAUUUCCUAUAGAAAGCCUCUGACGACGAGGAAGAUCAAGGGAUCAGGCGUUCUGGGCGCUCAAGAAAAAACGUCGACUACACUUUUAGGGAAUUUGAAGACGACAUCACAUCUGCCGUUGAAAAUGAUAAAAAGAGAUUUAAAGGAGAAGAGGUCAAUGGAGAAGAUCAGGGCUUACUCUAUUCCAAACCUGCGUACGAGACGGGCAGGUUGCUCGGGACGGGACAGCGCAACACCCGCAGAUCCCGCAGGUUAAUGGACCUUGAUUACGAGAGCGACUCAGAGUCGCGGACGAGUGGGUUCGAGUAUGAAGGAAACUCUGAAGAAGAGAGUCAACAGUCCAGCACUUGGCACGGGAACCUUAGAAGAAAGAGAAGGAUUAUUAACGAGGAUGAUGAAGAUGAUGGCAGUAACAACGACGUCGGGAAUGAAAACACAAAAGAUCUUAAAGUCACGGAAACCGGACAAGAGGCCGAAUGUGACAAUGUUAAAGAAGGGAAAGGCAGCGACGCGAAAGUUGGCGAGUCAGUUGUGGAUAAAAAGCAAGAUAGCGAUGACAGAACAGAGGAAAAACCCGACGGAAAAGAAGAGAAGACUUUGGAGGAGAACAAAAACGCCACAAGUGAAAAAGCUGCGAGCUUAGAGAGAGAGUCGAAAGGAGGGGUCAAUACUACUGCCACAACUGCCCCUUCUCAAAACGCAGCUCCCUUAGGAAACAAGAUUCAUCCACAUUCCCGGAUAGCCACCGUCGCUCCGGUUGCUCGAAAUCCGCCCGUCGCCAACGUGAAGAACUACAGAACACCCCCAGACUACCCCCCAGAGGGGGUGUUUCCACACCCUCCUAAUUUUGACAUGCUGAAGGCCCAGCUGCCUACAAAACAGGCACCCAAUUACCUUACACCAAAUUUUGGAGCUUCAAACGUCACUACGUCAAAUAUCCCCGGAAAUAAUUUCACAGAAGCUGGAAAUCUCCAUUCCAACAGUGCGCCGGGUGUUCUUCAGGGGGGACCAUCAUUUCCAGGGGCACAGCAGGUCCCAAAUGUGAGGACAAACUUUGGAGGACCCAGCUUUCCAGGCACAAACUUUAAUUUCCCCAAUACAAACUUUGGAGGUCAAGAUGGAACAAACUUUGGUGGAUCGUUUGUCGGAGGGAUGAACAAUUUCGGACCCGGUGUAGGAGCCAAUUUCGGUGGAACGUCAAAUUUUGGUAGAAAUAACGCCACUGUUAGCGGUAUGGGAGACUUAAGUGGUAUGAAAAGCCGACCUCACACACAGAACGUACCCGGCUCCAUCUGGGGAGGUCAGAAUGACUUUAAUAGCAUGUACAAUUAUCAGCAAUUUCCCCAGCAAAGUGGAACGACGCCAGUAGCGUUAUCGGCUCCCGCGAAAACUCAAACUUUACCACCACCCUACCCCUCUGGGGGGCAAUUUGUUGGAAACCGUCAAUACGGAGGUUAUAACCAACAGGUUUCAGCAAACUCUAACAUUCAGAGUAACUACAUGACACCUCAACAGAGUGGAAAUUUUCCUGAUGCCAAUUUUUUCCCGGCCCCACCACAACAGCCCCCGCCUCCAUACACGGCAAAUAGUUCGCAGAAUGCGAAUUUCUACGCGAACACUUCUCAAGAAGGCGGCAGCCUUGCUGGAAACCAGUGGACUUAUCCCGAGGGUUACGGGUAUUAUCCCGCGCAAGGGAGCACUGCAGGACAAAGCUUCUAGAGUAAGAUAUAUUUGCUAUCUGCAACCUCGUCCCGUUUCCUCAAAUCUGGUUGAAUAUGAACUGUAAGCACCAAAGAAGCCGGGCUUACGGUAUUGAUUAUAUAUAUUUUUCUUUUUACAUGUAAUUUUCAGCGGCACAUUUCAGUUAAAUGACCAUUUUAGGCAUACGUAUUUUCGGCUUUAGCUAUUUCAAAGUGAAAAGGGAUUUGUUGGAACGUUAAUCAAUGGGAGGGUAACUUCAAUGUCCACCGCGGUCAAGCGUUAAUAGUUUUUCAUUUUAUUCAAGGGGACUGUAAGGUGAA